AUGGGGAAUCUUUCGCAGUCUCUUUCGGAGCACUUCCAGGGAAUCGCUGGGGGAAUCGUUUCAUUCUCAUUAUCAAUCGUGAAUUGUGUCAUGCGACGUGGAACUGAGGAUUCUGACGACGAAGACGAUGAUGAGUUGGAUUCCAUCGACAUUGACCCAUUCGAAGAAGUAUUGGAAAGGGUGAAAGUGAAGCAUAUCGGUAAAUACGUCACAGCGAUUCGAGCGAAGAAGCACCCAAGCGGCAAGAAAAUCCCCGUCGUUGAGGUUGGAACUUCUGUUCCCUUUUGUGAGUAUCUUUGCUAUAAGGUGAAGUUUGCCGACGGGGUUAGCUGGAUGCUCAAAGUCCCAGCUAUCGGAACCCCUGAUCAAUUCGACGAAGAUGAUGCCGAGGCCCUUCGCUCGGAAGCGUUGACAAUGAUGAUGUUACGGCGUGAGACAACCAUCCCAAUUCCCGAGGUCUUUUCAUACAACAAUACAUGCAAAAACAAGCUCAAAGUUCCCUUCAUUCUCAUGGAAUUCAUCGACGCUCGGCCUUUGUAUGAAGUUUGGCAUGACCGGGAACCUCCGAAAGAGGUUGUACAGGCUCGGCGCACACGCUGUCUGCAGGAUAUUGCUGCGGCGUAUCUCCAGCUUGGAAAUUACACAUUCAACGAAUGUGGGCCCUUGAAAUUUGACGAUCAAGAUCGCCUUACUGGUGUUGUACCCGUGAAAAACGACCCAUUCUCUGGCUUCAGGGAGGAUUGCACUUCUCUUCUUGACCAGUGGGGGCAAGAGGAGUCUGAGUCCCAAAAGGGGCUGCUGAAGCUUCUUCGGAUGUUCGUCGACUGGAUUCCGGAAUCAAGUGAGGGAAAAUCAUUCGUUUUAUGUCAUGGAAACCCCAAUAUCUUCAACUUCCUUGUUGCAGAGGACGGUUCUGUGCGGGCAAUCCUCGAUUGGCACGGCGCGUACGCCAAUCCGCCGAUUAUAGGGAAUGAGCAGUAUCCACUAUGGCUGAUGCGCGACUGGGAUCCGACCGCAUAUAUGUGGAGCGAAGAUAUGGAACGGAGAGACGAUGACGAGGACUCUAUGCGGGAAGACUCGCCGGACACGCUGGUGUUCUAUCGAAAUGUCUACGCGCAAUGUAUUGCAAAUCUACGACCAGAAAGCGAGAAUGCCAAACUGACCCGAAAUUCCGCUCUCUUUCAACAUUUGAUGAUGGCAGCGAGCAAAACGAUAUUUAGUUUAGGCCAAACGGAAAAGAUCCUUGACGAGGUUAUGAAGCGAGUGGAGAAGCAUGUGGAUGAUAACAGCUGUCCUGCCUCAUUGGACUCGCCCAACGACAAUGAAAAGGAUAACGAAAAAGAUAGUUCUUCCAAGGAGGAUGCGGCAUGCGAUCACAAUUCACCGAACGAGACUGAGGACCACGUCGAAUAUGGUGGUAUCGAAGCGGACAGGGGUGAAGAUGAAGACGAAUAUUUUGACAUCUAUGAGUUUCUCGAGGCUCUGGACAGAGACGGUAUGUGUGAGCAUCGACAAAAGCUCUUCAAAGCUGGCUUUGAGGCUUUAUUUAUUAGUUAA